AUGUCGUUCUUUAAUAAUCUUAAGAAGGUGCUGCACCUGGGUAGCGGCCAUGAUGCGAAGAAGAAAAAGGUGUUCAGCAACAUCCGCGACAACUGCGACCCAAACGAGCAAUGGGACAUGAUCGGCGAGCUGGGCGAUGGCGCCUUCGGGAAGGUGUACAAAGCCCAGCACAAGACGACGGGCCAGCUGGCCGCGGCGAAGAUGUGCGUCCUGGACAACGAGGACGAUCUUGCCGACUUCACGGUUGAGAUCGAUAUUCUCUCGGAAUGUCGACACCCCAACGUUGUGGAGCUACACGAGGCGUACUUCAUCGAUAAUAAGCUCUGGAUGCUGCUGGAGUACUGCGACGGUGGCGCGCUGGACUCUGUGAUGUCGGAACUGGAGAAGGGGCUCAACGAGGCGCAGAUCGCGUACGUGUGCCGCGAGAUGUGCCGCGGGCUCCAGUUCCUGCACUCCAGGCGCGUCAUCCACCGCGACCUGAAGGCCGGCAACGUGCUGGCCACCAUGACCGGCGGCGUCAAGCUCGCUGACUUUGGAGUGUCGGCGAAGAAUAAGUCGACGCUGCAAAAGCACGACACGUUUAUCGGAACUCCGUACUGGAUGGCGCCGGAAGUGGUCCUGUGCGAGACGUUUCGAGAUAACCCGUACGAUUUCAAGGUGGACAUCUGGUCGCUGGGCAUCACGCUGAUCGAGUUCGCCCAGAUGGAGCCGCCCAACCACGAGAUGACGCCGAUGCGGGUGCUGCUCAAGAUACAGAAGAGCGACCCGCCCGGCCUCGACCAGCCCUCGCGCUGGAGCAAGGCCUUCAACGACUUCAUCGCCAAGGCGCUUGUCAAGGAUCCAGAGAAGAGGCCGACUGCGAGCGAUCUGCUCAAGCAUGAUUUUGUCAGUGGGGACCUGGACUCAAAGCCGCUUAGGGAUCUCCUACUCGAAUACAGGGCUGAGGUGGUUGAAGAGGAGCUCCUCGACGACGAUUCAGAGGAACAUCGCAGCUCUCAGAUGCAUAUGGAAAUGGAAGAUGACUCGACGUCGGUGAGGUCGGGCGAGACGCCGGACAUCAAGAUGUCGGAGGAGCUGCCGGCGGCGACCCCCAGCCCGGCCGCGCCACACACGCCGCACGCUCCCCCACACCCCCCAGGCCGCCCACGCCCCCCGCACCCCCCGCCAGCGCCGCCAGCCCCCCGUCCCCACAGCCCGGCGCGCCGGCCCCCAAGCGUCCACACGACGACGACCACCAGCUCACUGACAGAAAGGCACCCGCCCCCAAGAAGGAGAAAGGGCCGGCGCCGCCACCACCCGCGAUGCCGCAGUCUCCCCCCAGCGCGCCCGCCCUUCCGGCCACCCCCCUUGCGUCCCCCACGAGCCCCGCGGCUCCCGCCUCCACCCCAUCGUCCCUCUCGUCCCCUACGAGCCCAGCAGCUCUCGCCUCCACCCCAUCAUCCCUUGCAUCCCCCACGAGCCCCGCCGUUCCCGCCUCCACCCCAUCGUCCCUCGCGUCCCCUACGUCCCCCACGAGCCCCACCACCCCAAUCCCGCCCACAACCCCCCGCGUCCGCUGGCGCCCACACCUCACCCUCCGCGGUGGAGCCCCCCGCGCCGCGCACCCCCCGCAAGCAGCCCGCUCCUCCCCCGCCCGCAGCGGCAGCCGCCGGAAGACACAUCGUCGAUCAGGUAUGCCGAGAAGCCGAAAAAGUUGUCGAAGAGAAGGCGGAGAAGACACCAGAAAAGUUACAAAUCAACGAAGUCAAACCAAAGCCCGACCACAGACUAACAACCCCCGAGACGCCGGAGGACAAGAGAGUCAACCUAGAAAUAAGAGACCAAAAGGAACGCUCGCGGUCCACCUCCACGGAUCUGGACAGGAGUUUCGUGCAGACGAAUAGAGUUAGCACAGAAGUAAAUAGAAUAGAAAGGGAGAACAGAUCCAGGUCUGUGGACGACAAGGACAGAGUGAGCAUAGAAGUGACGAGAGUGGGAAGGUUAGAGAAGAAGGAAUAUUCAAGGUCGAGUUCUGUUGAGGACCAAGAAGAAGACAGAAGGAAUAAAAGACAGCAGAAUGCAGUAGAGAUUAGGCCUGUUACGCCACCAUCAGCACGGGAACGCGAGAGUGAGCGUCGAGCUGGUGCGACGGCAGCGGUGACGGUGGUGGCGGUGAGCGCCGAGCCCAACUCGCUGGCCGCGUCGCCCGCCGGCCUCGUCACUGUCACCACUACGCACCCGCCCGUGCUCAGCACCGCGCUCACGCUUCCACCUAACGCGGUGACGAUCUCAACCACCCCGCCUAUCGCCGACGAGGUGGUGAUCGUCGGAGCCGGCUCGUCGUCCGACGACGACUGUUUCGCACCCUCAUCCCUGGACUCGCUCGACUGCGCGAACUCCUGCAGCGAAAAAGGUCGCGGCCGACGAUUGGACAGUAGCGAGGUGCUCAUCUUGAGUCCCGGCGCCACCGCGGACUCGGGUGUCUUCGAUGACAGCAUCGCCAACGGACUCAACCUGGAUUAUGUUUUAUUCGUAUGCAAAACAACAAAAAGUAGUCGUUCUCUUCCAGUCGAUUAUUUGAUAAUGGAUCCUACCAAAAUAUGUUGUUUUCGUCUCAUGCGUCUUCGAAGCAACAAAACCAACAGCAGUGUUUCCUCUUCGGAUUCCAUUUUGUUACUGAGUGUGCUGUACGUCGUGAACACGCUGCGAACACGCGACGAAAACGUUGCGUAUCCGCCAAGCAUCCGCGACGUCCUCGCUGCGCAGCCGCCGCAUGGUAGCGACGUAUUGGCUGCGCGCCCGCUCCGCCCCGAAGCCGCUCGCAAACCGCUAGUAUGA